AGCACAGUAAAUACGUCUCGUUGUGUGUGGCUGUGCUGUUUCGUUGGUGCUGUGAGAAGAAAGAGAUUUUUCUCUAAAAAUGACGUCCCUAUUAAGGAACUGUUUAAAGCUCUCACGAAAUUUGCCCGUCGCAACACCCAAAUGUUAUCCAAAACUUCUUCCCUCGUUAAGAACAAAUACCACGACAGUCGAAAAAACGGAGACUCAGCCAACAAUACGCAAACCCAGUCACGUGGAUGUUGAAAACUUAAAGGAGUUUGGUCAAUAUGUUGCCGAAUGCUUACCAAAAUAUGUACAAAAGGUUCAAAUUGCUGCUGGCGACGAACUUGAAGUUUUAAUCGCUCCAGAUGGAAUAAUUCCUGUAUUGUCAUUCUUGAGAAAUCAUCACAAUGCUCAGUUUAUGAACUUGUCAGAUAUCACUGCGGUAGAUGUACCUAGUCGUACAUAUAGAUUUGAACUUGUCUACAUUAUUCUGUCAUUAAGAUACAAUUCACGUAUUAGAGUGAAAACGUACACAGACGAAUUGACACCUGUUCCAUCAGUAGAACAUAUAUUUGAUGCUGCUAACUGGUAUGAACGAGAAGUGUGGGACAUGUAUGGCGUAUUCUUUUCAAAUCAUUCAGAUCUUCGUAGAAUUCUUACAGAUUAUGGUUUUGAAGGGCAUCCAUUAAGGAAAGAUUUUCCACUUUCUGGUUAUGUCGAGGUACGCUAUGACGAUGAGAAGCAGAGGGUGGUAUGUGAACCACUAGAGUUAGCCCAAGAAUUUCGUAAAUUCGAAUUGUCUGCUCCAUGGGAACAGUUUCCCAAUUUUCGGGAACUACCGCCUCCUUCCGAUGCAGAACCAAAGAAGAAAUAAGUCAUGUUGCCGAUGUCUUCUAAUAGUGUGAGAAAAAAUUUGUUUACUGUAAAUUUUGCACAUAGCAAUCGCAAAAACAUAAUGAAGGGGUCAGUCUACACAACAUAUUAGUAAUAAACGAUAUUAAUACCGAGCCCCUUCAAUAAAACAAAUGCAAAUCAUGAAUCACUUUUUAUUAAUCCUGAAGAUAUAAAUAAUCUGUUCAUUCUCGUAGGAUACAGCAAAUGAGAUA